UCGCUGCCAUCGCUGCUGUGCCCGCUCCUGAACCGGCGGCUGCGUGUGACGCUGCCUGCCGCCGCCGAGUAUUGACCGCGCCAAGCCCAGACUCUUGCCUUGGCUUGGCAGUCCGCGCGCCCCUGUGUGUGUGUCUGUGUUGUGCCGAGGAUUCAGAGCGGCCUCGCGGUGCUUCCUUCACGUUUCGAGGGACAAGAACGGAUACUUUCAGCGACGCCGAUCCUUUUUCCGUGCGAGCGGCAGACGACGUUGCGCGUUGUUUCGGUGGAGGAUCUGCGACACGGUAGCGUCACAAAACUGGCCACCUCGUCUUCGAAGCGGCCUUCGGCAUACCACCUCACGCGCCGUGGAGAUACAGCUGCUUCCGCCGAGCCAGGAUUUGUCAAGCCGGCUUCACCUCACGGCGUCAGCAACGACGCCGCCGGCAGGUCUCGUUGCGGCCCGGUAACAACAAAGCGAUGCCUUGUUCUCGCGCCACUUUGCACUCGGAAACCGUGAACUGACGGCGGCUGAGGAGUUACGCGGGCAACGAUCUACGGCGGUAACUGUUCUUCGUGUACGCGUCUUUGUUCGGCAGCUACCGCGGCGCGCUGUUUGUGGAGUGGCAUCUUCGCUCCGGGGAGGCGUCUUACUGGAUUGCACACCCAUGUUUUGUGGAUACGACGUGUUCGCUCCCGGAUACAUCUCUCUGCUGCGCUGCAGACGGCGAUCCUUCUACUUGGGCGUCUGAUGGAUAUACGCUAGAAAGCCGGAGCCCUCUCGGACCAGGCGGGUCCUGGCAGCAUGUCGUUUGAGUCUCCGCGGUUCCCGGAGCCUCCGGACGAAGGCGGAGGCCUGGGCGACUCCGCGGCCGACGACGACGAAGACCCCUUAGCGUCGCCCGACUGCGGGGACGACGUCGGGCCAGGCUGCUUUCCCCGGCCCCCCGAGUUCGGCGUGCCCCCUCCCCCUCUGCCUCCGGGCCUGUGCUCGUCGGUGGCGUCCGGUCGUCGUUCGGGCGCCUCUUCGUCCGACGAGCUUCAAUUCUGCGAGGUUCGUCCCGUGGGCGCCGAACUGACCACGCCGUCGGCCUUUCCUUCGCUGCCCGUCAUCGCCGUCUGCUCCUCGGUCGUCCUCGUCGCCGUCCUCGUCGCUUCGUUCCUCCUCUGGAAACACAAGAAGAAGGUUCAGAACUUCCUGCCCUGCAAGAGCCCCCACCAGGGGGGCGUGCCGUGCGACCUGAGCGCCGCCAAUGGUGCAGCGUACAGUGACAUCCUGCUCAACCACCACCACCCCACAAGGCUGCCCGCACACCUCGUGCACGGAACCGACACGCACACGCUCACUCCCAUCGAGUUGCUGGACGUCAAAUACGGCAGUUACGGCGCCCCGCACCUUGCCCCAUUGACGCAGACCAACUACACGUUCCGGCCGACCAGCCUGCGUCCUCAGGACCACUCUGCGCAGCACCGUACGCCGCAGCACGCCACUUUGCAUGGCCACCACGCCGGCUCGACGGGCAGCGGCCGCCGCUCGGCGCCAGGCACGUCGCAGCGCUCGUCGCACAAAGCAUCUUCCAACAGCCGCACGGCGUCGUCGCGCCGCUCGCACCGCGGGGGCAACAGCGAGCAGUUCAACCCGAUCUACGAGGAGGUGUCGGGCCGCUCCAAGUCCAGGAGGGGCGGCUACCGUCACCACGACAGCGAGGACAGCGAAGAGGACGAAGCGAGGAGCCUGGGCAGCGAGGACGAGUUCGCCGAGGACGAGCUCAGCCUGGGCGAGUACCCGAGACCGGCCGAGUCGGCCAGCAGCAGCCUACAGGGCUCCACGGGUGGCGACCUGUGCCCGCCGGACGCCGAGCCCAGGUCCAGCGGCAACCGGCGGCCCAAGGCCAGGACCAAGCACAGUCACUCGCUCGAGCGCAACCGCAACAAUGCGACCGGACUGCAGGCGAAGCACAACUACUACCUGAGCAAGUCGGCGCUGGCGUUCGACCAGAGGAACCCGGGCCCGUACAGCUCGGUCGACUUGAUGCAGCACCCGCACCAGGACAGUUCGCCCCCUGAACCGGCACCCGGUGCCGCCAACUUCGGUGCAGCGUCGCAAGCCGGUUUCAUGAUGGGGCCCGACUGCCAGUACCCGCCGGCGCCCAAUGCACCUUUCUCGACUUUCCUUCUGCAGCCGUGCGGCGCCGUCCAAGAGGACAACGCGGCCGAAGGAGACGCGGAGAACAUCUACGCGUCCAUCGACGACGACGAAGUCGCGGCGGGACCGUACACCAUCGGCGGGGCCAGGGUAGCCGCCAAGACGGGACAAGGUGCUCGGACAGUGGCCAAGGAGGCUUCGGUGGUGCCGUCAUACGGUGACAUUAGGCCCGUUUUCCCGACUGACCAGAGUGGUCGGACUCUGUGCACGUGAUCUGCGCGUCCGAGUGUCAUGUGCUCGACCACGUGCGUACCGACAUGCUGACUCCUCGUGCGAGGGACUUUGAGGAAUGGACGCGCCUUUCCGAACGUUGCGUGUACAUUGUGUGUUUAGCAUGAACCACAGGAGGUUUACCGUGCGCUUAUUAUUAUUAUUAUUUUUUAGUUACUAGCGUAUCUGCCAGUCGAGCAGGCAACGCCGUUUCGCCGCGUCAUUUGUCGAAUGAGGCGUCCCGCAAAACAAGUCCACUUGUCCUCGAAGCAUCGAAAGCGUUACCACCCUAGUCGUC